AUGGCUGGUCACGCAGGUAAAAUUGUCACCAAGGAGGAGGAAGAGCAGCACGUCAAGGAUAUGCUCAACCGGGACUAUCCACGGACCGAAGAGAUGCGGUCACGCGUUGACGCUCUGGUCAAGGACCCAUCGGCGGCCGAGAAGCUCAAAGCCUGGUACUCUGGCUUCUGCAAGCGUCCAACCUUCCACCCCGAAUACCUCUCCCUCUUCAACGAGUCAAACGUUUCGCUCAUUGAUACAGAUGGUAAGGGUAUUGAGGCGUGCACUCCUAAUGGCGUCAUAGCCAAUGGCCGGGAACACGAACUUUAUGUCCUCGUUCUUGCCACAGGCUACACUGUUGGACUUGUCGAUGCUUGUCCUUCUUCAGCCCCCAAUGCGACUCUGACGGGGCGUGAUGACAAGCAUCUCAAGGACAAGUGGGAAGGACCAGACUAUGGUCCCCUUUACGGUGCCAUGACGGAGGGGCUUCCAAACCUUUUCUUUGCGUCUGGUAACGGGAGCACCGUGUCUCAGAACGCGCAUAGCUUCUAUAACCUCCUCACGCGACUAAUUGCACACGUUGUCAAAGAAACCAUCAUCCAUGCAGAAGACCAAGCCAGGGCAACAGUUGAAGUUCAGAAGAGCUCUGAGGAUGCGUGGUCCGAAGAGAUUGCCAAGCGAGCCCGAUGGUUUGCUGCCUUUCCCACCUGCACCCCAGGAUACCUGACUGAUGAAGGGAUGAUUCAAUCGCAAGGCAGCCUCACCGAAGAGGAGGAGCAUGAAAUCGCCAAGAGGUCUUACUGGGGCGAAGGUAUCCUCAGUUUCCAGGAGGUUGUCCAUGGAUGGAUGCAGGAGGGAAAACUAGAAGGAUUGGUCAUUGCGUGA